UGAAGAUUGAAGGGGGCAGCCCAAAAUCUCCAGGACUACCUUGAAGAUUAUCUGCACUUUAAUUUGCAGAAUAUUGAUAGAGAUGAACUCUAUAUGCAUAAUGCAUGCUGGAUUAGAUAGAUAACGGUGUUAUGUAUGAAUGAAUGGAUGAAUGUAUUGUCUCAUUGUUAGUUAAACUUUAAUUGCCAGUUUAAUAAUAAUAAAAUAAAAUAAAAGAGAUAUUUUUCUCUUACAUUAUAUUAUAAAAAAUUGCAUAUUAAGAAUCCAAUUACAGAGUAAAAAGCAUUAAUAUUUAUAUACUCCGUAUACCGGAUUAAAUGUUACUGUAAAAAAUAAAACCAUAGAAACGCGAGGCAAGAAAAAAGUUGAAAAUAAGCCGACAGGGAAGGAGUUGAGGAAGUCGACAGAAACUGCGCCGCAUGAAUACGGAUCGAAAGGACAAACAAAAUCCACAAGGUCAAACUGCUCGGAUUCUAGUAGAAUUUUUGGAAGUAGCCAUCACCUCCGUUAUCUUCCUCAAAGGAGUCUACCCAAAUGGGGCGUUUGAGAGGCGGCGUUACAUGAAUCUAGUGGUGCAUAAAGCUCGGCAUCCUGAGCUGAGAGACUAUAUUCACUCCACUGUUACUGGCCUCCUUCCUUUUAUCCAAAAGGGACAAGUGGAGAGAGUUGCAGUUAUUUUGUUUGAUAGCAAAAGUGUUCCUUUUGAGAGAUUUGUGUUCAAGAUAGAUGUGAACCAGUCUUAUGGUUCAAUGGUGGAAGAAGCUGACCUGGAGUUCUCACUUAGGUCUUUCUUCAUCAAGCUUCCCAUUUCACAAUCUCUCACCCAGACUCUUCCUCAAGAUUGCAGGUGGGAAAUAACAGCUUACUUUCGCUCUCUCCCGGAUAGUAGUACAAGUAAGGAUGCAGGUAUAUGGGUUCCAACAGACACCAAGCAAUGGCAACAGCCUCCGCUCAUUAUACCUAUCAAGUCAAUGAGGAUUGAACCUCUUGGAGUGCAGCUGUAUGUAGAGCAUCCAACUCUCCAUGAACAAAAAAAUUAACAAAAGGGAUCUUCUCUCUGGCGUUUUUCUCAAUGUCAUUUGAUUGAUAUACAAUGUUGAGGCAUUUCAAAUGGUUAUAAGAAAUUGCCUUUUUAUAAGUGGCAAUUGCCAGGUCUUAACCAAUACUACAUACUAAGCUAGUUUCUUAACACAGCUGAAAGAUCCAUGAUAAAAAUUAAAAAAUUAAAAACAAAACAAAACAAAACAAUGAUGCUGUUGAAAUGUAAACUUGCAAUCUUUUUUUCUA